CCACACCGCACAGUGAAGGGAGGGGGGGUUUGUCGGGGCUCGAGCACUGCUUAGCUCUUUGCCUUCUCAGCGUUUGAUCCCAGGGCGAUGGAAGAGAGAGACGUGAGAUCAGGUUUUAACCUCUUCGAUGGUGGCCCGCCUCGGCUCCCGUAGGCGUACGCCAAAACAGUGUCGCCGAGGAGAAGGGGUUUGUUUGCAUAAAGAAAACAAAAAAGAAAUUUUUGGAGAACGAGAUUGAGUCUCGUUUACGCCAGGUGGGUUGUCUUAUUCGCUCCCUCUUCUUCUUCUUCUUAUGUCUUCGUCUUCUUCUUCUUCUUCUUCUUCCUCUGAGAUGAGGAGACCCCUUUUGUGCGCGCUUAUAAAGAACCCGCGCUUUCCCCUCCCUCUAGACCACACACGCACGCACGCGAGCGAUUGAGUUCCUCGCCUAUUUCUGCGACUUCUUUUAUAAGUCUCUCUGUCUCUCUCUCCCUCUCUCGUUCUUGAUCCCUCUUGUUUUCUUGGUUUUCUCUUGCUUUCCUUUUGGGUUCUUCUUCAUCUAGCUGCUUUGUGAGGAGUCUUCUUGUGUUUAUAAGAAGUCUCCAUUCAUGGGUCCGUCGAACUGAGUGAGCGUGUGCCUAACCCAAACGGUUAGAGAAUUGACCGGAGCUGGAAGAUUUUUGAGGGAUUUGAAGAGAGAGAGAGAGAGAGAGAGUCAUAAUAGGCUGUGAUUUCAGAGAGAGACAGAGUCACAGACAGAGAGAAUGGAGAAGGCGAGCUUUGUGAAGAAUGGAGUGCUGAGAUUGCCACCAGGAUUCAGGUUCCACCCAACGGACGAAGAGCUUGUGGUUCAGUACUUGAAGCGCAAGGUCUUUGCUUGCCCUUUGCCUGCCUCCAUCAUCCCUGAGGUUGAUGUCUUCAAGCCUGACCCUUGGGACUUGCCAGGUGAUGCAGAGCAAGAGAGGUACUUCUUCAGCACUAGGGAGGCCAAGUACCCGAAUGGAAACCGGUCGAACCGGGCCACGGUCUCGGGUUACUGGAAGGCCACGGGAAUCGACAGGCGGGUUGUUAGCUCGAGGAGCCAUCAAUCGGUGGUGGGCUUGAAGAAGACUCUGGUUUUUUACAGAGGGAAGGCCCCGCGCGGCUCCAAGACGGACUGGAUCAUGCACGAGUAUCGCCUGGUCGACGGUCUUGCCCCCGACACCGCCCAGCCCACGAUGAACUUGAAUCAGAGCCCUUUGGUGCCAGUGGAGAAUUGGGUUCUCUGCCGCAUAUUUUUGAAGAGGAGGAGCACCAAAAAUGAUGGCCACGAUCACACCAUAGAAAGCUUUAGGACUACUAAUGAAGUUAGCAAAGUCGGGGGGACCGGGCCGGUCUUCUACGAUUUCAUGGCUAGGGAUAAGACUGACUUGAAUCUCACACCGUGCACCUCGUCCUCGGGGUCGAGCGGCGUCACCCAGGUGUCCUCUCGCGACGGCCGGGAAGAGCACGACGAAAGCAGCAGUUGCAACAGCUUCCCUUACACCCGGAGAAAAACCUUAGCAAAGCUCGAUUAGCACUCGAGCCCGGGAAUCUCGGUUGUAAUAACCCGUGUCGGGUUAGCGUUGCGAGGACUGAGUUUUUUCGCUGCAUCUUGCUCCGAGAUUACAUCUUAGGUUCAGGGACGGAGGUGCACGAACGAGGGAAGCGGAAGCGAAGCCGGCGUUGGGGUUUCUACUGUUUGUUGCUAAUGUUGUGAGAGCCAUUUUGUAUUAGCUUAUGAUGGUGGUCAAUCAUGUAAUCGGAUUCUCCCCAAAUUUCAAUUCUAGUGAGCUGUUCUAGUCU